AUGUUGUGUUAUCCAUCAGUCUCAAGAAAAAUUGUUGCUCUCAAGCAACAGAUCAAUUUCAGAAAGAUUGUUCUGCUUCAGGAGGUGGGUGACAAGUCUCUGUUUUCCUUCUCAAAAGACAAGAAGCAGCAUUCGUUGGACCAACUGAAACAAAACCUUUUAAGACUUAUUUCUGAGACACAGCAUGUAACAGAGCCAUCAGCAAAACGUGGAAGAGCCCAAGGAGGCCAAGAAGACCCAGUCAUGCAGAACCCACAGCUCCUGGUCGGCAAGAGAGUUGUUCACUAUUUUCAAGAGGAUGGCACACGCCAGGGCUAUUUUGGCGUAGUGAUUGGGUUGGUUCCUGGGACAAGGACAUGGUUUAAUAUUUCGUAUGAUGAAGAGGGUGACGACGAAAUUCACACGUUCGAGCUACUCGAUGAUUAUAGAGACGGGGACCUAGAAAUUUUAUACUCUUAGACUUGGCACAAUACACAGAUGCAAGUACUUUAUUUCAGUUUUGAAUAAGGACAUAAUUUUUGACAUGAACAUUUUGCAACACUGAUUUUGUGAAUUUGUUGGUGCUUUUCAGGCAUUCAUUUAACUGAAAGAUGGUUACCAUGGCAACACUAUGACCUGAAAAUAUCUACCAUCUAGAAUUUAUUAUUUAUCAGACUUCAGCAUUUCUAUAGAAUUGUGGUAUUUAUAAACAAGUAGAAAGAUUACGUUUCAACAAGUAUGAAUUGGGGUAAUGUUCAGUGCUACCUUAACACUAAGAAAUUAAGGUUGCAUGGACUUCUUGCCCAUAAUUGUGCAAAUGUCCCUAAGAUUUUAAAUUUAGAGGAUCCUUUCUGUUUCAAUGUGUCAGACUGAUAAAAUUCAAUUUAAAAUACUUCAUUUUGACCCUUGUUGUCAUGGAAACGGCGUUGCCAGGGUAACCAUGUUGCAUGUAUUGUAUGUAAUGUUCUCUAGCAAGAUAUUUUCUGGACUUGCUAGGCUAUGAAGAGCUAUUACAGUGGUAGUUUCCAGGUAAAUACUUCAUUUUGACCCUUGUUGCUAUGGAAACUGCAUUGCCAUGGUAACCAUUUUGCAUGUAUUGUAUGUUAUGUUGCCAUGCAAGACAUUUUAUGGACUUGCUAGGUUAUAAAGAGCUACCAUAAUGGUAGUUGCUAUGUACUCUUAGUUGAAAAUAAAUGGUUACUAUGAUGGAAAAGAAGGCCAAUUGGUCCCACUUUUUUGGAGGGAAAUUUAAAAUUUUAAGCACAAAAAAGUGGAAAAUCCUCACUUUCAAUAUUUCAUAUCUUUGGAACAAUUCAACGAAUUUAAACAACUGAGGUAUCAUUUUUUUUCCUUUUUUUAAGCUCUUUACAACUAAAUCUUCCAAAAAUAGAUUGCUGGUAGGUCAAAAAAUCCUCUGGAGUCCCUACAACAAUGCAAUUCUCACAUGUUAAACAAAUUCUUCACCAUUCUGAUGGUAUGCUGAAAUUUAACAUAAAAUAAGUAUUUUUUACAACAUACAGUGUAAAAGAUGAAAUUUUAUCGUACUUAUAGGGUGACUUUGAAACAUUACACGAUUUCAAGAUCUUUCUUAAACAUCCUAAGAGAGCAUACCACUAAAACGCAGGCCAGUGGCAAAGUCAUCAACGCAUCUAUAGGUGUUACCAACGGCCAUGUUGUCCUUUCAAGGUAUGCUAAUAUGGAAGAAUCAUCUUCAGGCCUUGACGAUGGGGUAUUCUUGUCGAUUAAGCAUGCUGGAUACAGACCUGCAUGCAGACCUCAGUUCGCAGUUUACCUUGCGUGCCAAAACAAUUCUAUGGAUGGUCCGUCAAGUUAAGGAAGUGAUUUCAAAGGUGAUUUUAAGAACAUUUGCAGGAAGAGAAAUUUCUCAAAAACAGACUAAAAUUCUAGUCACGCCCAACAGAUGCAAAUUCCGUGGUGAUGCGUUCAUAGUGUAAUCUGAAGUGCAUUUUUCAUAACCUUUGUGCCACGACCAUGAAAUUUUAUUAGCUAAACUGUCUUCAAAGUCAAAAAUUCAAUAAGAUGUCCAAUAGUCAAGGAAAUAUAAAGAUAUUGCUCCGCCAAUGUCAUACUACUUAUAUUUCCUGAGUUCCAAGGAGAUUUUCAUGGAAGAUAUGAUGACAGCAGCAAAAAACCUGCCUUUGAAACAUUUUUCGAGUUUGCUGACAAUAGCAGUUUAGACAACAGUGAGAGGGCUCAUUCGUCAGUGACAGUGCCCAGAAAACAGCUGGUGGAAGGUGGCAAUAGAGAGCUGAGCGGACAGCCACAAAAAGAGGUAACCAAGAAGGCAAAUGAACAGCUGAUAGAGAGUAGUAGUGAAGAGCCAGGUGGAAAACCACAGGAAGAGGCAGCCGAGGAGCCAAAUGAUGAAGAUGCCCGUGUUAAGUUAAAAGAAAACCUGUCAGAGAUUUUUGAAGAGUUGGCCAAAUAUGUUGGAAUGGCAAAUAAGGAAAUAGUAGAAAUUGCGGAAAUGAACAAAGUUCUUGACCUCUUCUUUCAGGGGAAGCGCCAAGCAGAGGGAUGCUCAAGUGAAAGGAAAGUUAUUCGGCAUAAUGUUGAAGGAGGCGUGCUCUUUGUUGUUUAUGGAUGUUUGAAGCAUAGGUUUUGCGUAAGUGCAAGAAUAAUACUAAACCGUAUAUUAUCCAAGCACUUGUUAAUACAAAGAGGUUUUGACGGGGGUUUUCUGUUUACAUAGACUACUAAAACUAGUAGUUUCAGAAUUUCUGGGUCUUGGUUGCAUCUUUUGUGUCAUACCACUGUUGUUGCAGUGAUUGUAGGCGUCACUGACAUUUUUGUCUUGCGUUAUUUUGUUGUGUUAUAGAGAAUAUUUUGACAAAAUUCAAAUGGUUACGUUACUUGAAACGUGGCUACCAAAAAUGAUACAUUUUUGAAAGAAAUACUCAAAAAUAGUUUCUUUUAUUUACAACAAUGAGUGGGGUGCACUUAAAUAGGAAAUCAUAGUACUUGCAUUUUUGUUUGUUUUCUGUAGAUAUGAAAUUUUCCUUGCAAGAAUCCUUCUUGCAAAUCUUGGACCACAACUGCCAUGCUUUUUGUGAACUGGUUGAGGGGCGAUUCAAGAAAGUAUACAGCAAAUGCUCAAAGAACUGGCAUGUUCCAGUGAAAGGGGAGAAACAAUACAAAUACUUGGACAUUCUUCUCUCCAACAUACUCAAGAGGCAUGCAGAUGAUGAUAAGUGUAUAGCCGGUCAUGUGCAAGUCUCGGCCACCAAUCUACAAAGCCUGGCUCCUACAAUAGCUAUGCGUGAAACCCCUGCAACAAAAGAUUUGGUCGAGCCCAAGCUUUCCAGAUUCAAAUCUAAGAAA